UAAUUCCUUGUCAUUUCGAUUAUUUUCAAUUUCGUUGUAUAGGUAUUUUACGCAAAACGCUGAUAUUGAUAUCAGUUAUUAAAGAAAUUGUAAAUUUUUUACCAUCUUUUAUUAUUCAGUUUCUUGUUUAUUUUGUUUAUUGUGGCUGUUUAAUAAUACACCGUCAUGGAGGACGUUUUGGAUGAAAUAGUGUCUUCGGAUGAUUUGCAAAAAUUCGAGAAAGUGUUUCAUGAGCAAUUACAUCAAGGGAAAGUCUCGCACAAGGCUCAAUUCGAGUAUGCAUGGUGCCUCGUACGAAGUAAAUAUCCCACGGAUAUAAGGAAGGGCAUACUCCUCCUGAAAGAGUUAUGCAACUCCCAUCCAGAAGGAAAACGUGACUACCUUUUCUACCUUGCCAUUGGUAAUGCAAGAAUCAGGGAGUACAAUAAGGCACUGCACUAUGUGAAGAGUUUCCUUGAGAUCGAGCCAGCCAACCAACAAGUGCUGGCACUAGAGAGACAAAUAAACAAGAGGAUGGAGAAGGAAGGCCUUAUCGGCAUCGCGGUGGCGGGCGGCGCGAUGUUAGCGCUAGGCGGGAUCGUAGGCCUGGGAGUCGCGCUCGCAAAAAAGAAAUAACAUUGGGCUCUCUUAAUGCACGCUAUCUUUGGCGUCCAUUACUUCCUGACAAAGAAGAAGGAGAUCAAAGAGGAUUAAUAAUAUUAAGCGAAUUUCCGGCAAAAAUUAAUAAAAUAAUAUUAUUUUUAGCUUUAAAAUUAUUUCACCAUGUGUAUUUGUACAAAGAUAUGUAAAUGUCACAUAUUAAAUAUUGUGCGCCACGAUAAGUCAUAGCCGCCUGGGUCCCAUAUUAUCCCAUAUUAAACGUCGAUAAUAUAUCUUUCUAGAUGUAAAAUAAUU